AUGAUCGACGACAUUAAACUGGAUUGCAUUGCGGAUAAUUAUGUGUCCACGGACCACGCCAUUCUUAUUGAGUCUCCUAGAAUCACCAAUAUCCAUGAAAUCGUGAGCGAGUCAACAUCGGACUCGCCAGGUGCCAAAGAAACAGCUCGCGAGAUUCUGGACGGGCAACUCGAAAACGUCGAGUUCGAGCAAUAUGCUAAUUAUUUGGGCUCUGUGGAAAAUGCGGCUGUGCUGCGAGAGUUUAUUGGUCUACUACGUCCGCUGCCUUCAUCUUUAACAAAUACGCUCAGGAAGCUUUCAGGCAGCAUUUAUUUCAUAGCAGAAGCGGCGAAUAUCGACGCGAUACUCGAAGUGCUCGCAAAACAGUGGUUGGAGGAGCACAGUAGGCCACACUAUCAAAAUGAUUAUCGGUUGUGCCAUAUAGUGCUGUUUGCGCUUCUCAUGCUGAAUUCUGCCCUGCACAACCCUGUAGCCGAUUGCAGAUUCACGCUUCAAGACUUUAAGGACAACACCAUAAACGCACUGAAAGCAGAAUGCAGCGAUAUCGAUGUCGCGUGUUUUGAAAAAGAACUCACAAAGUGCUUCGCGUCGUUGGAGAACGACGAGCUGCCGCUGUUGAGGCCGUCUACGCACUCAGGGCCCCGCAUCAAAAAUCACAAUGUGGCGCACACUAACCGUCCCAUUAACAGUAGUAAUAUGAAGAAGCUCUCGAUGCUGUCGAUACGAGCUAACUCUCUGGAGCGUACACAGUCCAACAGGUCCUCGGCCUCGAGCAUACAGAGCAAGUCUACGUUUGCCUCCCGAGAUACAACCGCGACCAGCAACUACCGCAUGCGUAAUAACCAGCCCCUACAAAAACUAUAUGUCGACGAGCCCUUCGACGAUGAUUUGCAAGAUCUACCCAACACGCCUUGGUUUAUGGAUAUCGUCGUACAAUGUCAAGAAGCGACCAACUCCAAUAGUGCCACACCACAGCUUCUAGCGUCCUCCCCUUUAGGUCCAAAACGAAAAUUGUUUGGAUGGCUCCGAAAACAUUCGAAAGAUACUCUUUUCCGAGAAAACGCCCAUGCGGCCAUGACACAUACCGGCUAUCGUGCACGCAUCAGAGUCCACCAGGGCCGUCUGUUUGUCUACAGAUUCAAACUUUCUGAGUUAGACUGGGCAAAUUCCAGUCAGAUAGAAUCUUGGGAUUUAGACACAUGCAGGAGAAACUGUUCUCGCUUUCACGUUUACAAUCUGUAUGGCACAAUGGCAUCUGUAGUACAGGAAAAUGUCGUGGCCAGCGAAAAAUCCAACUUUAACUCCACCAGCCUCACUCUGGAGUUUCCUCACGGGAUAGACUCCACAAGCGGCCUAGCAUUCAGACUCCAAACCCGUAAUUUGGAUGAGGCCCGAAAGCUGGCUGCGUGUUUGAAUUUCUGGACUGCUCGAAUCACACCAAUUCCCUCCGCGCAGGCAGAGAUGAUAUCGAAUGAAGAAUAUGGAUGGAGUGCAAAGGUGUUGGAUCAAAAAAUUGAUCUUGCACAUGUAAAACUGAGGAAAUGGGUACCACUUGUCAGCUUAGAUGCUAUUUUCCCGGACCUGGAAGACGGAAUUGCCAUGUGGGAUUUCGGUUCCCAGUUGCGGAACUUGCAAAAUUAUACUGACACCUUGGGUUCGCAACUGGAUAUGCACAACGUCAUUAAACCUCGAAUGGUAAAAGUGUGGUCUGUAAGUGAAGCUUCAUCACAUCAGCGUUUGUUCGAGUCGGCUAUGGAUAACUGGAACAACAAAUACCUUUAUCUCAACCAGCAAUACAGCAAGCAUUUGAUAUACCUCAAAGCUCUCCAAAAUGCCGUUCAGUUUCACCAUGAAUACGAAAAGAACAGCAAGAUUGAAGACAUGGCUAGCAACUCCAAGAAGUAG